AUGGCAUUUUGCGCCGCAACACCAACGCCACUGGCCCAGUAUGCAAAAUUGUUGCGAACACGACCCGAUGUGGCUGCAGCCAACGUGGGCGAGGGCAGUCCAAGGUACUUCCCUAUGUACACAGUGCCUCUACGCACUUUGCUGGAGAUGAAGAGGGUUGAGCCGCAUGAAUUGCUAAAAGCACGAGAAGUGCUAGUGGAGUUCGACCAGAGUAUGGGAAAUGCGGCAUUUGUUUCUCACCAAUGGAUUAGCCAGCUACACCCAGAUCCAGAAUUCACACAGAUGCAGGUGUUGCAGAACGCCUUGCAACAUGCCUUGGACAACAUGCAAGAGAUUCCACUGGAUAGCGUUACUCAGUGGUCGACCCCCACAGCCAAGCCACUUCGGACUCUUGAGCUUCGCUCCAAACCGCUCUUCCUAUGGUACGACUACUUCUCGUGCCCUCAGCUGGAUCGACGAAGCAACCAGCUUCAAGGAGCCAUUGAUAGUAUCCCAGCUUAUGUGGAAGCCUGCGCUUUCUUCUUUGCUUUGGUCCCGGUCGUGGAGAACCCCGAGAGCUCUCAACUCUUCACGCCAUCCACAUGGUCGGAGCGAGGCUGGUGCCGCCUCGAGCGAGUCUGCCGGGAGCUCUCACAGGAGGAGUCGUGGAUCAUGGUGAAAGGCUCGGCAGACUUAGAGCUGAAGUUAGGCAGUGGCACCUCCAUGGGAGAAGGCGGCGUUGGAGAAGGAAAGUUCACCGUGCCCGAAGACCGUUUGAAGCUUCUUCCAGUGCUGCUGGCUGCUGUGAGACGCAAGCUGUUCCAUCUCCUCCGAACUGGAGACUUUGUAGGAUACAGAGUGCUGCUGAAUAAGCAGGCGGCAUUGUUCAGAGGUUUACCCCUGGAGGAAUUUCUACAGCCUAUUCCCACCAUCGAUCCAAGUGACAAUGAGGACCCCAGAUCAUUGGUGGCGAAGUUCUUCCAUCAAAACGGUUUCACCGGGAUUUCCCAAACAGAUCAUGGUGGAUGGACACCGCUCCACUAUGCUGCACUGGCUGGAGACACCUUGUUGAUUGAUGGCUUGUUGAAGCAGCAGGCAGAUCCCAACUGCAACAGCAAGAAAGGGCAACCACGAGUGGGGCUGGCUGCGCGGACCUCACCACUGUCUGUGAGCUGUUUGUUCAGACAUCAUGCAGCCUGUCGUUUGCUCAUAUCUGCCAAGGCCCGAGUUACGGCUGGUUUUCUGCAACCACCCCUGCUGAUGGCUGCCACGGCCAACGACCCAGAAGGAGUCCGUCUCCUUUGUGAGGCCAACUGCUCACCAGACCAGCGGAACUUCCUGGCGGUGUCCGCGGUUGAAGCGGCUUCCACCUAUGGCUCCUUAGAAGCGAUCGAGGAAUUGGUCAGUCAACAGCAAGCACGAGGCGAUGCCAUAGAUCUCUCUCACUCUUUGCAUUGGGCAAUGCUUGUCAAGGGAGGCAAUUCCGAAGUGGUCCAUCGUUUGCUUGACCUGAAAGCCGAUGUGAAUGACCAGAGCUUCGAUUGGCCUCGACGCACAAAGGCUCUUCGAGUCCUUUGCAUGUUGAUAGUUCUGCAGCACCGAUGUGGCAAUGUCAACACAAUGACCACGCAAGUGUACCACGCUGAAGGUGCCACUCCUUUGAUGUUCGCUUUGAUUUCCUCUCAGUACGAGGCUGCAGCCUCCCUCAUUGCCAAUGGGGCUAAGCUGGACCUGCAGAACGCUCGCGGAUGGACAGCAGAGGACUUUGUGCGAGACCAUGACGUGCCAGAUUUCCUGCAAGCGGCCUUUGCUGGAGGGGUUGGACGAUCAGCUGAGUGCCGGAAGGUCUCAAGACUCUCUUUGCAAUCAAAUGAUGAUGGAUAUGUGGCCAUGUAUUUGUAG